AUGACCGCGUACGCGCAACAACAGGCACUGCUGGCGCAACAGGCGCAACUCGCCCAGCAGGCGGCGGCCCAACACGCGGCCCAACACGCGGCCCAACACGCGGCCCAACACGCGGCCCAACACGCUUUGCAGCAGCAGCAGCAGCAGCAGCAGCAGCAGCAGCAGCAGCAGCAGCAGCAGCAGCAGCAGCAGCAGCAGCAGCAGCAGCAGCAGUAUACUCAGCGGGGGCAUCCUCAGGUCCGUUUGAAAUACUGCCUUGCCUGUCAACCGCGUGCAGAGGCUGAUGUAUCUUGCUUGGACUGGGGGGGGAACCGCACAGGCGCAAGCUGGUGCUGCACCACCUGCGUCAACUGCUCAACCACCACCACCGCCUCCUCCGCCGCCCAACUUUCAGCAGUUGUCCGAUGGCAACGAUGGGCUCAGGCAGGCAAAGUGAGUCAAGUCAAGCGAGCAGCCCAACUCAAAACUCGGGGGACACUGACUCGCGCCGUCGUCUCGUCGAACUCUCUCUCUCGUGCGUGCCCGCCAAGGCGUCGCCGUCCAACGGAUCGAACGCUCCCUUCGUUCGAUUCCUCAUCCUUACCGACCAUCGACGGUCCUACAACCACCAAACUGAACGAGUCGACUCGGACCCUCAAGGCGCUGGCGGAGGGUUACAAGGCGUUGCAGGAGGUUGAGCGCACGUUGGAUUGGAACGUAUCCCGCAAGAGGAUCGAGCUGCAGGAGGGGUUGGGCGGGGGGAGGGUCCCUGCCGUGCGUUUCCACAACUUUGACGCUGAUGUUUUAUAUGGCGGUACAUGGAGCUGACUGGUAUCGUUGACUUUGUACAGACCAAGCGAACGCUAAGGGUUCAUCUCGAAGUCGAGGUCAAGGACCAGCCUUGGCAAGCGACGACCGCGCCUCAGGAGGAGCAAGCGAUCGACGUGGCCGAUGGAACGACUGCACCAUCAUCCACAAGAGCGGGGGGAGCAGCAGCAGACGCCGCGACGGAUGAGAGACCCAAGGUUGACUUUGUCAAGGGAACGGGCGUGCCCAGAUUCAUCGUCAAGGUCUCCGGCGCCGUGUUGGAUGUACGUCGACGAGGGGUAGCCAUACAACGGAUGAUUCAAUCUGAUCUGUGCUUCUCUCCCUUGUCUGUCGUGCAGGAGCCUACUAAAGGACCAUCGCUGCGACGGCCGCUCACGGCCCUCGUUUCCCGCGUCGUUCUCGAUACCGAUCGCGAUCCGACGCUGCAUGACCGAACGGGCGCCAUCGAGGUGAGCUGGAGACACAGAACUGUGAUCCAAGACGAUAGUAUUGAUGUCUUCUCUCUCAAACAGUGGGUGCGACCGAUACCGACCGCGAGCACACCUGUGCCCGUCCUGCCCAAAGCGCUCUCCUUUACGAUUCCCUCUUCGCAACCGACGACGUUCAAGCUCUCGCUCUACCUCGAUCACCGACCCGAGCGAUUCGCUUUGGUGCCCGAGUUGGCGACCAUCUUGGAUAUGCGCACGGGCGACCGAGUGGGCGUGUUGGCCGCGCUGUGGAGCUACAUCAAGAUGCAUGGCCUUCAAGAUCCGGAUAUGAAGCACAUCCGCACCGACGAUCAAUUGCGAAAGGUCGGUUUCCCCGGCCGUGGAAUUCAGUCUUUGACAGUCGGGCCAUGUCGGGACCACUGACACCGAUCGUGAUGCUCGGACCCGACAGCUCUUGUCAGGCCAGGAACGCGUCCCCUUUCACCACUUGCCCGAAUAUACGAACCGCUUGCUAUUGCCUCAUCCACCGACGGUGAUCACGCACACGCUCUCCCUCUCCUCUACGGAGCCGACUUCGCAACACCUUGCAUUCGACAUGCCCCUCCACAUGGAAGAUGCGUCGCGCUACGAACUCGAGACCAUCCUUCGCUCGUUGAACGCACCACAACCUUCGAUCAUCCAGCUCGACGAAACGAUCGCCGCUUCGGCGUUCGAGGUCAAGGCUUCGCAGUUGAAGAGGAACUUUUUGGUCGCGUUCGCGAGUGACCCUUCGGCUUGCUUGGAGGAUUGGCUCGAUUCGCAGGCGGAGGAUCUAAAGGCUAUUCUGCAUCCGGGUAUGGAUGUGAGGGGGAGUAAGGCCUUCGUUGGGGGUUCGGUUGGGUGGAGGGAGGAGUUCAGGAGGGGCGUCAAGUGGGACGGCGAGUGGGUCAAGGAAGGCGCGAGUGUGUGGGCGCAGAGAACUUUCGAGGGCAGGAUCAGGGAACAGGUUGGAGGUCCGAAUGCGCCGACGACGGCGGGCGCGCCAGCUGCGCAGGCGGCGAUGCAAGGUGGGGUUGGGGGUGGGAGAACCGGUAGGAGAUGA